GCGCAGAAACCGACGUUCACUCCUUGGUUUCAGCAGUUGCGGUGGGUCGAGGCUAAGCCUUGUCGCUCGCUCAAUCUUCCGGUUGUGCUUCGCAGCCGGCGACGGGAAGAGGCUGACUUGUCCCGCCUGCGCGAGCUCGCAGGAGAGUGGCGUCGGUGGGAGGAGGCCCAGGAGGCACGAGAGCUUUCGUCUAUGGCUAAAGCAGAGGAACAAUCUUGGCCCAUGAACCGUCGCUCGCGCCGUCGCGAAGCCCGUCGACGGAUGAGGAAGCGGGGUGCUGCACCUGAGGGAGGCGACGCGGGAGUAGAAGAUGCUGAGGACGAAAUAGAGCAGGGCAUUUCAUCCGACUCGGACUCACAAAAAACAGCCAGCGGAAACGGAGAGGGACUGGGGAAACAAGAGUCGAACACGAACACUUCAGCAGAUCAUGAAGGAGGUAUGGGCAUGGGGGAAGGAAAAGCGCUUAAGAAAGGACUCGGAGGAGGUGUUGGUAAGGGCAAAGGUAGUGCGAAACGCGGUUCAGGUGGAAAAAACAAGAGUAAUUUGGUCAGCGGAGCAGGUAAGCGGAUAGCUUCCGGUCAACCACUAACGAGCCGGAGAAAGCAAAGCCCUCUAAGAAGGAUGCUUGAUUGGUUGCUAGGCCGUCGUCCGGUAGCAAGAACAGGCGCAUCCCCUAAAGGUGGAAAGGGGUCACACGGAUUUACGGAAGGCAACGAUGCGUUCGAUAGAGGACGCGGCCCGUCGAGUACGCAGCAAUCCUCGACAAAUAGAAGAGCAGGAGCAGGGAGUACACCCACACAAGAUGAAAGAUCACAACGUGCUCAUGCUCAACAGCGCCUCGUGAACGAAGGGCGGUCGUUCAGUCCUGCUGAAGGGGAAGCACGAAAUCGAAAUUUAGGUCAAAAGAAUGGUGGUGAAAUCAAAGCGAACUCCGCGAAGCGGCAGGUUUUUCACUUUUACCCAUCGCCAAUAGAUGAUGAAACAGAAGGCCAUAAUACUAACAUCGGCACAAAGCAGGCGGACUUGGAACAUAUUAUUCCGUUCAUCUUUUUUCCAGAGAAGGCUUUUGCGACAAGUAAUACUCUGGAAAGGGACCACGAGGAUGAAGGAGAAGGGUCGACACCUGCAUCAGGCAACCACUCCAAUCCUCGAAGCGAAACUAGUGGCGCUGCAUCUUCGGCUCCACCUCCAGCAUCGCCGAUCUUUGGCUUUUUCGAAAGCAUUGCCCAAAAACUCUUCGAGCCAAAGACUACGAAUAGUACGCCUACUGCUGAUACCAAAGUAGGGUUGUCUAGAAAACAUGACGACUUAUCGAAAAACGCGAUCGAUGAUAAUCUUAAUCAUCCUGCCGGUGCUGGAAUAGGAGAAGAAGAUGCACCAGUGCCUGACAUUGAAGGCAGCAAUCGCGAUAAGGAUGCUAGUGCGACUGCUUCUUCGGUUGACAAGAAUACAACUGACGACAAAGAGGUUGAUGAAGAGGUUAGGUUCUUCGGCAUCAAAUCUUAUGUCUACGUCUUACCGAGUUAGUGUUAGAGUAUCAAUCACUCUCAGUGAUAGUUUUUGAAGGUUUUUCUAUUUCUUAUUGCUGCCAACACCAACAAUAGGAACAGCUUUACUAUCAACUUACUUCAAUUUCAAUAACAACAUAAGUGGCCAAAAGGAGACAUGACAACGCGAAAAACCUUUUAGAUCGACUGUCACUGUCUGUGUCUGUGCCCUCCGUCAGUUUCAACCUCGUCUAAGAAACCCUGUCAGGAGCCAGAAGAACCAGGACCAAACACGCAGAGGGUGAAGCAAGGGAUCCUUGGGCGACUAGUGAAACUCCCAUAGAGGAAGGUAAUGACGCUGACGCUGACGCAAACACCGCUCACGACGUAAAAGCAGAUGUUGCCAACGUGAACUUCGAUUCCGCCUGCAAGGAUUACGGUGCUGUCGCAGAUCAUGGGUCCUGGCGUCACCGUCGAGCGCGAGGAACUGUAAACUGCGACUUUGACUACCAACACUUCACUUUGAAGGACGAUUUCAAAGAAGUUGCACUAGAAUUGGAUCGCCUUGAUCGACUAGAAAGCCAAAAACUCUCCAGAAUGUUCUCCAAGAAUAGUACUAGCAAGAACAAUACUACUAGUAGUACAACUGCGGUCCCCUCUGACACUGACUUCUAAUAGACGAGGCAAGACGAAAAAACUAUUAGGGGCGCCGCUUGUCGUCCUUUUCCUCGUUCUAAUGGUUUUUCAGGUCAGCAUGCAUGAUAAGAGUUGCUCUCGUGGUCCUUCAUGACGACAGACGUGCUGAACGUGAGCAUUGAUAUGCAUCCUAAAUAAUGGAUUUGCGAGUCAGUGUAAAUGUAAAAGUUGAAGUUAUUUGAGAAAAAUGAACAUGAAAGCAGGACAAUGGAAAAGUACAACAACAUCAACGAGAGAUUUCACAUUAGCGCCACAGCUGGGGACUUUUGCCUUGUUGUACUUCUUAUGAUUUCAGACAGUGAUGUCUAACUAGUAGCGCUUGGCCUAUUUAGAAGUGCAGGCACUCCUGGUGCAGAUCGUGCAGUGCCGAAAGUCGUGACCCUCAUGCAAUGUCGCAGUGUUCUUGAUGUCGAAAGGUCAAAAAA